GCUGCCCGUGGCAGCGAUGGCGGCUAUAAACCCUGCCCGAGCCCUGGAGGACGAGCUCUUCUGCUCCAUAUGCUUGGAUUACUUCACGGAGCCGGUGAUCCUGAACUGUGAGCACAACUUCUGCAGGGCCUGCAUCACUCGGACGUGGGAAGGCCUAGGCGACAGUUUCCCCUGCCCCCAGUGCAGGAAGAGGUCUUGCAAAGGGAAACUCAGGCCAAACACCCAGCUGGGGAAAGUGGCAGAGAGGGCCAAGGAGUUGGCCCUGGUCAGGGGCGCCACUCCUGAGCCUGCUUCGAAGCCUAGCAGCAAGCCAGAGACCAGCGCCAGAGAAAUGUGCAAGAAGCACCUGGAGGCUCUGAAGUUGUUCUGCCUGGAUGAUCAGGCCUUGAUCUGUGUGGUUUGUGACAGAUCUCAAGAGCACAGAGUUCACAAGGUAGUCCCUGUAGAGGAGGCAGCCCAGGAAUCCAAGAAAUCUUGA